AUGUCUUUCAGAAACCUUCAAGACCUUUUAGAGGCCACUGCUUCUCACUUCGAUGCCGGAAGAGUCAUAACAUACUCCCAUGGGAACAAGAAAGUCCCCUUCUCAUGCUCCUAUGGCGAAUUGCUCCAUGCUGCCAAGCAGGCGACACGAUCCCUGCAAUUCCGUACGCAUAUCCGGCCUGGAUCGGUGGUUCUUUUGCACUUUGACCGCCAUUGGGAUGGGAUCCUCUGGUUCUGGGCUGUGCUUUUGGCUGGGUGCAUCCCGGCCAUGUCCACUCCGUUCUCUGGUAAUCCGGACCAUCGCGCCGCGCACCUGGAACAUCUUGCACAGACCUUGGAGAAUCCAGUAUGCCUGACGACUGCCUCGCAGCUGCUUGAAUUCCAAGACCAGGAUGUCAUUACUCCAAUCUGUGUCGAGUCCCUUUUGAACGACAAGAACGGGAAUGAAGCAAUGGAAGAGGGAAGUCUGUUCUACGACUCGCAGCUCAAUGACACCGCCGUGUUGAUGCUCACAUCCGGUAGCACCGGCUAUUGCAAGGCUGUCUGCCUGAGCCAUGGCCAGAUUCUGGCCGCUAUCGCGGGUAAAUCGUGGAUGCUGACCCCGAGCACUGGUACCUCGUUGAUGAACUGGGUCGGGCUGGACCAUGUGGCUGCUCUGAUAGAGAUUCAUCUUCAAGGACUGUACAUACGCAGAGACCAGAUCCAUCUCCCUGCUCCUGAUGUCCUGACCGAGCCCCUCUGCUUCAUCGAGAUGAUCAAUCGCCACCGUGUAUCGCGCACCUUUGCCCCCAAUUUCUUCCUUGCCAAGCUUCGAACGGCGCUCAAGGACCAGGCCGAUACAGAUUCUGAAUCUCACUGGGAUCUCAGUUGCCUCCGCUUCAUCUGUUCUGGUGGAGAGGCGAAUGUGACCAGGACCUGCGAGGAGGUGUCGUCGCUGCUGGUGAGAUAUGGAGCACCGCCGAACGUUAUCAUCCCCGGAUUCGGCAUGACAGAAACAUGUGCUGGUGCCAUUUUCAACACGUCCUGCCCCAGGUACGACAUCGAACACGCCCUGAAGUUCACCUCAGUCGGAGCUUGCAUGCCCGGAAUCAAGAUGCGUAUCACCUCGGCUGGACAGAAUGUUCCGGCUGGAACAGUUGGCAGUCUCGAGGUAAGCGGGCCUGUCGUGUUCAAAGCUUACUUCAACAAUCCGACAGCCACAGAAGCCUCGUUUACUCCAGAUGGCUGGUUCAAAACUGGCGACAGGGCACUCAUCGAUCAGAACGGUUGGUUGACGCUGAUGGGUCGGUCUAGGGAUACGAUGAUCGUCAACGGUGUCAAGUACAACCCGCAAGAGAUUGAAAGCACGGUGGACGAUGCCAGCAUCCCAGGUGUGACUCCAACUUUCACCUGCUGUUUCUCUUGCUUCCCGCCCGGAGGGGAUACGGAGGAGAUUAUUCUGGUUUACCUGCCCUCGUACGACCCUGACGACACUGUUGCUCGGGUCCACGCCACCGACGCCAUUGUCAAAGUCGUUAUGAUGUCCACUGGAGCGCGCCCCUCAGUUCUGCCGGUGGACGGUGCCAUGUUACAAAAGUCUGCCCUGGGAAAGCUGUCCCGAGGCAAGAUCAAGACAGCCUACGAGAGAGGCGACUACAAGACCUACCAGGAAACCAACCGGGAAAUGAUCGCGCGGUAUCGGGAGGAUACGCGCCAGCAACCCCAGAACGAGAUGGAGCAGCGGCUCCUGAGCAUCUUCACGACCUCGCUGGCUGGUCUCUCGGGCGACUUCGAUGUCGUCACACCUAUACUAGACAUGGGAAUUUCCUCCAUCGAACUGAUCAAACUCAAGAAGAACCUCGAGGAGCACCUAGAUCUCGUGCAAGACAUUCCACCGAUUACGCUCAUGAUCAAUCCCACAGUUCGUUCCCUGGCCGAGGCACUCGAAGACGCCCAGAGGAAGACCCGUUAUGAUCCCGUCGUGAUACUGCAGAGCCAAGGUGACAAGCCGCCAUUGUGGCUCGUUCACCCCGGCGUCGGUGAGGUUAUGGUCUUUUUGAACUUGGCCAGAUAUAUCGUCGAUCGACCCGUGUACGCCCUACGGGCUCGGGGCUUCGACGAGGGCGAAACGCCGUUUGAAACCAUCCACGAGGUUAUCACGACGUAUCACGCCAGCAUCAAAAAGAAACAAGCCAAGGGCCCAUAUGCACUGGCCGGAUAUUCCUACGGAUCCAUAUUAGCCUUUGAAAUUGGAAAAACCCUCGAGCACAACGGGGACGAGGUGGCCUUCCUGGGCUCGUUCAACCUCCCUCCACACAUCAAGGCUCGCAUGCGCCAGCUCUGCUGGAAGGAAUGUCUGCUUCACCUGUGCUACUUUCUCGACCUGAUCAGCGAACGCCGUGCCCAAGAACUGUCGGGAGAGAUGGGAAACAUGUCGCGCGGUGAAAUCCUCUCUCGGGUCAUGAGCGAACUCAACCAGUCCCGGUACUUGGAGUUAUCGCUCUCGCUGUCACAGCUGGAGAAGUGGGCUACUAUCGCGUUCUCGCUGCAGAGUAUGGCGGUUGACUAUGACCCGAGCGAGUCGAUUGCCUGCAUUGAUGUCUUCUACUGCAAUCCGUUAGCGAUUGUGGCUUCAUCCAAGAGGCAGUGGUUCAGAGAGCACCUGAGUAAGUGGAAGGACUUUACGCGCUCGGAGCCAAGAUUUCACGAGGUUGAGGGUGCUCAUUACACGAUGCUCAAUGCGGAUCACGUCUUUGCUUUCCAGAAGACCUUGCGUAAGGCGUUGGCUGCAAGGGGUCUAUGA